ACUUGGCGAGGGCGAGCCGCCGAGUGGCGUCCGCACGCCGGCCUCUGCGGUCCCAGGCGGUGUCCGCUCGUCCAGCCGCGCCGGCGGCUCCUCCCGGGACCCUCCUCCUCCUCCUCCUUCUCCUCCUCCUCCGCCCAGACCUCCCCGCCGGUGCCCACGCCUCGGCGGCCGCCAGGUGCUCCUGCAGAGCAGCGUCUACCCCCCCGGGCGUGCUGGGGUCACGCGGAGCGCCAGCUUCUCCGACGCCGGGGAGUCGCUGUCGCCGCCGCUACCUCUGUCACUGCCGCCUCAGAUCCCUUCAUGCGGCUGUGAGCUCAGAGGCCGAGCAUGCGGACCAGGCUUCCCCCAGCGCUCGCCGCCCUGGGCGCGGCCCUGCUCCUGUCUUCCAUUGAGGCAGAAGUUGACCCACCUUCAGACUUGAAUUUUAAAAUUAUAGAUGAAAAUACUGUUCAUAUGUCAUGGGCAAGACCAGUUGAUCCAAUUUUGGGUUACAGAAUAACGGUGGACCCUACAACAGAUGGGCCCACUAAAGAAUUUACCCUUGCAGCUAGUACCACUGAAACUUUAUUAUCUGACCUUAUACCUGAAAUAGAGUAUGUGGUGACAAUAACUUCAUAUAAUGAAGUAGAAGAAAGUGUACCAGUUAUAGGCCAACUAACAAUUCAAACAGGUGUUUCAACAAAGCCAGGGGAGAAGAAACCUGGAAAAACAGAGAUGCAAAAAUGCUCUGUCAGUGCCUGGACUGAUUUGGUUUUCCUCGUGGAUGGCUCCUGGAGUGUGGGAAGAAAUAAUUUCAAGUACAUUUUAGACUUUAUUGCUGCUCUUGUGUCUGCAUUCGACAUUGGGGAAGAGAAGACAAGGGUUGGAGUUGUUCAGUACAGCUCUGAUACCAGGACUGAAUUUAACUUAAAUCAGUACUACCAAAGGGAUGAGCUUCUUGCUGCAAUUAAAAAAAUCCCAUACAAAGGUGGAAACACAAUGACAGGUGAUGCCAUUGAUUACUUAGUUAAAAAUACUUUCACGGACUCUGCUGGAGCAAGAGUUGGCUUUCCUAAAGUGGCAAUUAUUAUUACGGAUGGCAAAUCCCAGGAUGAAGUGGAAAUUCCAGCAAGAGAGCUUCGUAAUGUUGGGGUUGAAGUUUUCUCUUUGGGGAUUAAAGCUGCAGAUGCAAAAGAACUCAAACAAAUUGCCUCCACACCUUCACUGAGCCAUGUUUUCAACGUGGCCAACUUUGAUGCAAUUGUGGAUAUUCAGAAUGAGAUCAUUUCCCAGGUGUGCUCAGGUGUUGACGAACAACUCGGUGAACUGGUUAGUGGAGAAGAAAUUGUCGAACCUCCUUCAAAUUUGAUUGCCAUGGAAGUCUCAUCAAAAUACAUUAAGCUAAACUGGAAUCCAUCUCCUAGCCCAGUGACUGGCUAUAAAGUCGUCCUCACACCAAUGACUGCUGGAAGACGACAGCACGCUCUGAGUGUGGGACCACAGACAACCAUGCUCAGUGUUCGCGACCUCUCAGCAGACACAGAAUACCAGAUUAGCGUUUAUGCCAUGAAGGGGCUGACGUCCAGUGAACCUGUUUCAGUAAUGGAGAAGACUCAGCCAAUGAAAGUUCAAGUGGAAUGCUCACGUGGUGUGGAUAUAAAAGCUGAUAUUGUGUUUUUGGUUGAUGGUUCCUAUAGCAUCGGGAUUGCAAACUUUGUUAAAGUUAGAGCCUUUUUGGAAGUUCUUGUAAAAAGUUUUGAGAUUUCGCCAAAUAGGGUACAGAUAAGUCUUGUCCAAUAUAGCCGCGAUCCUCAUACUGAGUUCAGUUUGAAAAAAUUCAACAAAGUUGAAGAUAUAAUUGAAGCAAUAAACACCUUCCCCUACAGAGGAGGAUCUACAAACACUGGCAAAGCAAUGACUUACGUCAGAGAGAAAAUAUUUGUGCCUAGCAAGGGUUCAAGAAGCAAUGUACCAAAGGUCAUGAUUCUUAUCACUGAUGGGAAAUCAUCAGAUGCUUUCAGAGAUCCUGCUAUAAAACUAAGGAAUUCAGAUGUUGAAAUCUUCGCAGUUGGUGUGAAGGAUGCUGUUCGCUCAGAAUUAGAAGCUAUUGCCUCUCCUCCUGCUGAGACCCACGUGUUCACUGUGGAAGAUUUCGAUGCUUUUCAGAGGAUAUCUUUUGAACUCACACAGUCUAUCUGCCUUAGAAUCGAGCAAGAAUUGGCAGCUAUAAAGAAAAAAGCUUACGUGCCUCCAAAGAAUCUUAGUUUUUCCGAGGUGACUUCUUACAGUAUCAAAGCCAACUGGUCUCCAGCUGGAGAAAAUGUUUUUUCAUAUCACAUCACCUACAAGGAAGCUGCUGGAGAAGACGAGGUCACGGUGGUGGAGCCGGCAUCGAGCACUAGUGUUGUUCUCAACAACCUUAAGCCAGAGACCCUGUACUUGGUCAACGUGACUGCAGAGUACGAGGACGGCUUCAGCAUUCCCUUAGCUGGAGAGGAGACCACUGCAGAAGUAAAAGGAGCACCUCGAAACCUAAAGGUGACAGAUGAAACUACAGAUAGUUUUAAAAUUACCUGGACUCAGGCUCCAGGCAGAGUGUUAAGGUAUCGAAUUAUAUACAGACCAGUCGCUGGUGGAGAAAGCAAAGAAGUUACCACCCCAGCCAAUCAGAGGAGGAGAACGCUGGAGAACCUGACUCCAGACACAAAAUAUGAAGUAUCUGUAAUUCCCGAAUACUUCUCAGGACCUGGGUCUCCGUUGACUGGAAAUGCGGCCACUGAAGAAGUUAGAGGGAAUCCAAGGAACUUAAGAGUUUCUGAUCCUACAACAUCAACUAUGAAAUUGUCUUGGAGUGGAGCACCAGGAAAAGUGAAGCAGUAUCUUGUCACAUACACCCCAGUGGCAGGAGGCGAAACUCAAGAGGUCACUGUGGGGGGAGAUACAACCACUACCGUGCUGAGGGAAUUAAAGGAAGGGACAAGAUAUGCCUUGUCUGUGACGGCCUUGUAUUCAUCUGGGGCUGGAGACGCCCUUUCUGGAGAAGGAACAACGCUGGAAGAACGUGGUUCGCCUCAAGAUUUAGUUAUCAAAGACAUCACUGACACAUCAGUUGGGGCUUAUUGGACAUCUGCUCCAGGAAUGGUUCGAGGUUACAGGGUCUCAUGGAAAUCUCUUUAUGAUGAUGUUGAGGCUGGAGAAAAAAAUCUUCCUGAAGAUGCAAUUCAUACUAUGAUAGAAAAUCUGCAGCCAGAGACCAAAUACAAAAUUUCAAUAUUUGCAACUUACAGCAGUGGAGAAGGAGAACCUUUGACUGGAGAUGCCACAACUGAAUCAUCUCGAUUUAAGUCGCCCAGAAACCUCAAAACAUCUGACCCAACUAUGUCAAGCUUCCGAGUGACUUGGGAGCCUGCCCCUGGGGAAGUGAAAGGUUAUAAAGUCACAUUCCACCCUACGGGGGAUGACAGAAGACUGGGGGAGUUAGUGGUUGGACCCUAUGACAACACCGUUGUUUUGGAGGAACUUAGGGCAGGUACCACCUAUAAAGUGAAUGUUUUUGGAAUGUUUGAUGGAGGAGAAAGUUCGCCACUCGUUGGACAAGAAAUGACAACCCUGUCUGAUACAACUGUGAUGCCAAUUUUAUCUUCUGGGAUGGAGUGUCUCACUAGAGCUGAAGCAGACAUUGUGUUGCUGGUGGAUGGAUCAUGGAGCAUUGGCCGGGCAAAUUUCAGAACCGUGAGAAGUUUCAUUUCUCGUAUUGUGGAAGUCUUUGAGAUCGGCCCCAAAAGAGUACAAAUUGCCCUUGCUCAGUACAGUGGAGACCCCAGAACAGAGUGGCAAUUAAAUGCUCACAGAGACAAGAAUAGCUUGUUGCAAGCUGUGGCAAACUUACCAUACAAAGGAGGCAAUACUCUCACAGGCAUGGCUUUGAAUUUCAUUCGCCAGCAGAGCUUCAGAACCCAAGCUGGCAUGAGGCCUCGAGCUCGCAAAAUUGGUGUUCUCAUUACUGAUGGAAAAUCACAAGAUGAUGUCGAGGCACCUUCAAAGAAACUCAAGGAUGAAGGCGUGGAGCUGUUUGCUAUUGGUAUUAAAAAUGCUGAUGAAGUUGAGUUAAAGAUGAUUGCAACUGACCCUGACGAUACCCAUGCAUACAAUGUGGCAGACUUUGAGUCACUCUCUAGGAUUGUGGAUGAUCUCACCAUUAACUUGUGUAAUAGUGUCAAAGGUCCAGGUGAUUUGGAAGCACCUUCUAACUUAGUUAUUUCUGAGCGAACCCAUCGUUCUUUUAGAGUGAGCUGGGUACCUCCUUCUGACAAUGUGGAUCGAUACAAGGUGGAAUACUACCCGGUUUCUGGAGGAAAACGUCAAGAAUUUUAUGUGAGUCGGCUGGAUACUAGCACAGUGCUAAAAGAUCUGAAGCCUGAAACUGAGUAUGUCGUUAAUGUGUAUUCCGUGGUAGAAGAUGAAUAUAGUGAGCCUCUGAAGGGCACAGAAAAAACCUUGCCAGUCCCUGUGGUCAGCCUGAACAUUUAUGAUGUCAGCCCCACCACCAUGCAUGUGCAAUGGCAGCCCGUGGGGGGAGCUACCGGCUACAUCUUGUCAUACGAGCCCACUCAGGUAGCAGAACUGACAAAACCCAAAGAGAUGCGUGUGGGGCCGACGGUGAAUGAUGUAGAGCUGACUGACCUCUCUCCCAACACCGAGUAUGCUGUCACAGUCCAGGCUGCCCUGCAUGACCUCACUAGUGAACCUGUCACUGCUCGACAAGUCACCUUGCCUUUACCCAGACCUCAAGAUCUGAAACUCAGAGAUGUGACUCACAGCACCAUGAAUGUCUUUUGGGAACCUGUGCCCGGAAAAGUGCGUAAAUACGUUGUUCAGUAUAAAACACCAGAAGAGGAUGUCAAAGAGGUAGAUGUGGACAGAUCAGAGACGAGCAUCUCUCUCAAAGACCUAUUGUCACAAACCCAGUAUACAGUCAGUGUUUCUGCAGUAUAUGAUGAAGGGGAGUCUCCUCCAGUGACUGCUCAAGAAACUACCCGACCUGUGCCAGCCCCAACAAACCUAAGAAUUACUGAUGUAACACCACAGAGUUUCAGAGGAACUUGGGAUCAUGGAGCUUCAGAUGUGUCUCUCUAUAGGAUAACCUGGGCACCUUUUGGAAGCGCAGAUAAGAUGGAGACCAUCUUAAAUGGAGAUGAAAAUACUUUGGUGUUUGAAAACCUGAACCCCAACACUCUCUAUGAAGUUUCUGUUACUGCCAUCUACCCUGAUGAGUCAGAGAGUGAUGACCUGACUGGCAGUGAGCGCACGCUUCGUUUGAUAACCAUAACACCAGCUCCAAAAAGUGGCCCCCGAAACCUUCAGGUGUACAAUGCAACAUCUAACAGCUUGACUGUUAAGUGGGAUCCUGCUAGUGGUCGUGUGCAGAAAUACAGAGUCAUUUAUCAGCCUUCAUCAGGGGAAGGCAAUGAACAAACGACCACAAUAGGAGGGCGGCAGAACAGUGUCGUGCUGCAGAAACUGAGGCCGGACACACCUUACACGAUCACUGUGUCCUCUCUGUAUCCGGAUGGGGAAGGAGGUCGGAUGACAGGAAGAGGCAAGACGAAACCUCUGAAUACUGUGAAGAACCUAAGAGUGUAUGACCCUUCUACCAGCACCUUGAAUGUUCGCUGGGACCAUGCAGAGGGAAAUCCUCGUCAGUACAAGCUCUUCUAUGCACCCACAGCAGGUGGUCCAGAGGAACUGGUACCAAUCCCUGGGAAUACCAAUUAUGCCAUUCUUAGGAACCUGCAGCCAGAUACCCCAUAUACGGUUACAGUAGUUCCUGUUUAUACUGAAGGCGACGGUGGCCGCACAUCAGAUACUGGAAGGACUUUGGUGAGAGGACUGGCAAGAAACGUCCAAGUGUACAAUCCUACACCCAACAGCCUUGAUGUUCGCUGGGACCCUGCACCUGGGCCUGUGCAGCAAUAUAGCAUUGUGUAUUCCCCUGUGGCUGGCACGAGACCCUCGGACUCUAUUGUGGUGCCAGGAAAUACCCGCACAGUGCACCUGGAGCGGCUGAUUCCAGACACACUCUAUUCUGUGGACAUCGUGGCUGUCUACUCAGAUGGACCGGGGAAUCCUAGCCCUGCCCAGGGCCGAACGCUACCACGGAGUGGACCAAGAAAUCUGAGAGUCAGUGGGGAAACAACCAACAGCCUCUCUGUAGCCUGGGAUCACGCUGAUGGGCCAGUUCACCAAUACAGGAUCAUCUAUUCCCCGACCGUUGGUGAUCCAAUUGAUGAAUAUACCACAGUCCCAGGCAGAAGAAACAAUGUAAUACUGCAGCCUCUGCAAUCUGAUACUCCAUAUAAAAUUACUGUUAUUGCUGUUUAUGAAGAUGGAGAUGGUGGCCAUCUAACAGGAAGUGGAAGGACUGUGGGACUGCUUCCUCCUCAGAACAUACACAUCUCUGAUGAAUGGUAUACGAGAUUCAGGGUGUCCUGGGAUCCUUCACCCUCUCCAGUUCUUGGAUAUAAAAUUGUGUAUAAGCCAGAAGGUUCCAAUGAGCCCAUGGAAGUCUUUGUUGGAGAAGUGACAUCAUACACUUUACACAAUCUCAAUCCCAGCACCACCUAUGACGUGAAUGUUUACGCUCAGUAUGAUUCUGGACUCAGUGUCCCCCUGACAGAUCAAGGCACAACAUUGUAUUUAAAUGUGACAGAUCUGAAAACCUACCAGAUUGGGUGGGACACAUUCUGCGUCAGAUGGUCAGCUCACCGGGCAGCCACCUCCUACAGGCUAAAACUAAGCCCCGCAGACGGAACCAGAGGACAAGAAAUCACAGUGCGUGGAUCAGAAACCAGUCACUGCUUCACUGGCCUUUCACCAGACACUGAUUAUGGCGUCACUGUUUUUGUGCAGACACCAAAUCUUGAGGGACCAGGUGUCCUUGUCAAAGAACGUACCACUGUAAAACCAACAGAAGCCCCUACAGAGCCACCCACGCCUCCUCCUCCUCCCACGAUUCCACCGGCCCGGGAUGUAUGCAAAGGUGCCAAGGCAGAUAUUGUGUUCUUGACUGAUGCCUCUUGGAGUAUCGGGGAUGAUAAUUUUAACAAAGUUGUAAAAUUCAUUUUCAAUACUGUGGGAGGCUUUGACGAAAUCAGUCCUGCUGGGAUUCAGGUUUCAUUUGUGCAGUACAGUGAUGAGGUCAAGUCUGAGUUCAAGCUGAACACGUACAAUGACAAGGCCCUAGCCCUUGGGGCUCUCCAGAAUAUUAGGUACAGAGGUGGAAACACAAGAACAGGCAAAGCCCUCACAUUUAUCAAGGAGAAAGUCUUGACCUGGGAGAGCGGCAUGAGGAAGAAUGUCCCCAAGGUGUUGGUUGUGGUCACGGAUGGUCGGUCACAGGACGAGGUCAAGAAGGCGGCUUUGGUCAUCCAGCAGUCAGGGUUCAGCGUCUUUGUGGUUGGUGUGGCUGAUGUCGACUACAACGAGCUUGCCAACAUCGCCAGCAAACCAAGCGAACGGCACGUUUUCAUUGUGGAUGACUUUGAAUCUUUUGAGAAGAUUGAGGACAACCUUAUUACAUUUGUUUGUGAAACUGCCACUUCAAGUUGUCCUCUCAUUUAUUUGGAUGGCUAUACCUCACCAGGUUUUAAGAUGCUCGAAGCAUAUAACCUGACAGAAAAGAAUUUUGCAUCUGUACAAGGCGUAUCUUUGGAGUCAGGGUCUUUCCCCAGCUACUCAGCUUACAGGCUUCAGAAGAAUGCAUUUGUGAAUCAGCCUACAGCAGACCUACACCCAAAUGGACUCCCCUCUUCAUACACGAUUAUAUUAUUGUUCAGACUUCUCCCAGAAACUCCCAGUGAACCUUUUGCAAUUUGGCAAAUCACAGACAGAGAUUACAAACCACAAGUUGGAGUGAUUGCAGAUCCUUCUAGCAAGACGUUAUCAUUCUUUAACAAGGAUACAAGAGGCGAGGUACAAACUGUUACAUUUGACACAGAUGAAGUACAGACAUUAUUUUAUGGAAGUUUUCAUAAGUUCCAAAUCCAGAGUUUUGACAUUGUCUGCAGCCCGGUGUGGACCAGUAGAGACAGAUGCUGUGAUAUUCCCUCUAGGAGAGAUGAAGCAAAAUGUCCUGCUCUACCAAACGCCUGCACAUGUACCCAGGACAGCAUUGGACCUCCAGGACCUCCGGGCCCUGCAGGAGGACCUGGUGCUAAAGGUCCCAGAGGUGAAAGAGGUAUCAGUGGGGCAAUUGGGCCCCCUGGUCCUCGUGGAGAUUCAGGUCCUCCAGGCCCCCAGGGUCCUCCAGGUCCCCAGGGACCCAAUGGACUCUCUAUUCCGGGAGAACAAGGUCGCCAAGGGAUGAAAGGGGAUGCCGGAGAGCCAGGACUUCCAGGCCGAACAGGCACUCCGGGAUUACCUGGCCCACCAGGACCAAUGGGCCCUCCAGGAGACAGAGUAAGUUUUCUUGGGCAGGCUGGGAGCUUGUGUCCAUGACAUCCCCCCCACCCAGGCUCUCCAGGAGUCACAGGACCGAGUGGGAAACCAGGAAAACCCGGAGACCAUGGCAGGCCAGGGCCAUCUGGCUUAAAAGGAGAGAAAGGUGAUAGGGGAGACAUUGCUUCCCAGAACAUGAUGCGAGCAGUUGCAAGACAAGUCUGUGAACAAUUAAUAAGCGGUCAGAUGAACAGAUUCAAUCAGAUGCUGAAUCAGAUUCCAAACGAUUACCACUCCAGUCGGAACCAGCCAGGCCCGCCUGGUCCCCCAGGCCCCCCUGGCAGCGCGGGAACCAGAGGAGAGCCAGGACCUGGGGGGCGACCAGGCUUCCCAGGCACACCAGGCAUGCAGGGACCGCCUGGUGAACGAGGUUUGCCGGGAGAGAAAGGUGAAAGGGGUAUUGGAUCUCCAGGACCUCGGGGGCUGCCUGGCCCCCCAGGUCCACAAGGAGAAUCCAGAACAGGUCCACCAGGGUCUACAGGUUCAAGAGGUCCCCCCGGUCCUCCUGGUCGUCCCGGAAACUCAGGUAUCCGAGGACCCCCAGGUCCUCCUGGAUACUGUGAUUCGUCCCAGUGUGCCAGCAUCCCAUACAACGGGCAAGGCUAUCCAGGUUCCGGCUAACAAAUUUUCUAAGUCGCCAGUGCUGCUUACAGUUUGAAUACAUGAAAAUCCUGUUUCUGAGAUGUUUGCGCACGUGCUUAUUAGAAAAUGAGUCUGUAUGGAAAUCUCACCACAGAUAUGGUUAACGAACCGGGUCGACAUCACAAAGGAGGGUGGAGACUCUUUAUACUAACUUGAAUGAAAAAAAAGCAGUGGUGUCAGUUUAUAAGCCUGAUGCAUUUCAGUAAUAAUGUAGAAAAACAUUUUUUUUUAAAAAAAGUUGAAAGACAAAGCCAUGGGGAGCCUCGGUUGUGAAAGAGGUGCACAAUAAAACUACUAACCAGCGGAGAUCAUGCCAUUUAAGAAAAACAAUUAACCUGGUUAAAGAGAAAUGUCUUAUGUAAAUAAUAAACUAAUUGUGGCUUGUAAAUGAUUUGUAUGUGAUCCUGUCCACUAAAAUUACUUAACAUUCCUACAAUAAGCUUCUGCAUCAAAGCCUGCUGCUUGCUCUAUGCCGGAAUAACACUGAAUGGAAUCUCCUCAUCUCUUGCUUGUUAGCGAUGUGUCUGAUUCAGGGCAUGUGUCUUUUUAUUAUUAUUAUUUUUUUGUACGUGUACUCUCAUUUGAGUUUUGUAACUGCAAUUUUCAAGCCAAAGUUUAAAAUCACCUUUUCUUCCUGUUUUGCUGUAGUCACUGGUGUUCCUCACUCAGCAGCUAUAACUCAGUCUGUGUGAGGGACAGCCACAGAAAAUGUCAUGUACUGUAUAUUACCUGGUGAUAGUUGCUUUUCACCUCCAGAGUUCAGUUUCUAGGAGCCAAUAAAACUUCCCCUCACCUCCUCAGCUUUCCAAGUUGUUCUUUGAAUUGAGGAGUUUGAAGUCAUGAACAGUUACCUGGGGAUUUGUGAAAAUCCUACCUAGGUACUGUGUUUACAGUUCUUUGGCCCAGUCCCGGACCCCUCCCAGGUAUUUGUGCAAUGAUUGUAUUUACUGCUGGAUCUUUGAAGGUUUUUAUUUUUUUUUUAAGAAAGUGCCAUUUCAUUAUUUGAUUAUUACCAAAUUUUCUCUGCAAAUAGAAGCAAUCAGGACAUUGACUUAUCUAUUUAUAGCUAGGAGAUUAAGACUGGAGUGCCAUCACCUCGGGUGAUGAUUUAGCUUUUGCUGUGUGUGUGCCUUCCAAAUCAUGCCAUAACUGUAAUGUUGAAUCGGACAGAGCCGUACGUGCCCGAGGGCGGGGGCUACCUGCCUGAGCGCGAGCCCUUCAUCGUGCCGGUGGAGCCCGAGCGGACGGCGGAGUACGAGGACUACGGCGCGGACGAGCCUGCAGCGGAGCCUCCUCCCCACGUGCGUUGGCGGCGCGCCCUGCCCCGCGGCCCGGGGCAGUGAACCUGAGACCAGGCGCCGCGCCGCAAGGCUGGGGGGAGGUGUUGGAAUUCUCAUUUACAGGUCACAUAGCGCAAUGUACGUCUUUUCUGUGAUGUUUCUUCCGGCGUUGCUUCAUCCAAGAGUACCCUUUCUGACUGUAGAGAACCUUGUUUCUGCAGGAAGCCUAGCUCGCAGCAUGCAGUCUGUAGACAUUUUUGCCUUUGCCCUUGAAAUGCUUGCAAAAUACUUUGUUCAUAAAAGCUGCAAGGAGAAAACACGCCACGUGCCUUUAGUUAGCACAGUGGGCGGCCUCAGUGAAACUAUUAGGCAGUAAGUCCUGGAACCCAGAGCUACUGUAAUUUCGAGAGAGCAGUUUAUCUUUUCUUAUACUUAUUUGCGAUUCAGUUACACCACGAUUCAAGUAAUUCCCUUCUUGAAACCAGAAAGGAGGGAACCGUCAACUCCAUUGCAAUUAUUUAUCUUCCUUUUCUAUCUCUUAUACAUUAGUGCAUAGGAUGCUCUUACACAUCUUUAACAACCACAAACCUUAAGCCAUGUAGCUUAAGUUAGUGCAUCGACUGGAUACAGUUCCAUAUUGCUUUAAACCUCUUUGUUGUAGACAAACUAACAUUUAUGCCAAAUUGCAGAUUAUUCUGCAGAGAUGGAAUUGCAUGUUUGUGUUGUAUAUUUAGUAUGAACUUUUUUUUCAGAACAUAAUGUUUCUUAGUUAUCAGAAGCAGUUGGAAAAUGUUUGCAAGACUAUGAACAUAGAAUUGCUGCUUUUAUAUUUUAACUGCAGAUUGUGAAUUUCACUGCCUUAUAUUAUUUAUUUCUGAAACAAAAGAGGCAUUUUUCAAUAAAACUACUGAAAAUUUGA